AUUGCUUUCUCUCGCUUAGUCGCUUCUCAAUCCUUACGAACGCAGAAUUUGAGAUCGAGCGAGAAAGAUUUGUUGGAAGCUUCAAGAACAAGCAGCAUUUGGAAGUGGAAAUAGGACUGAAAGUUGAUUUGUCGCUCUCAAGAUUUGGAUCCUUCCAAUUUUUUCUUGAUAGGAAACAAACUGGAGGGAAUUGGAAGGUGUCCGAGAUGAAAGCGCACGGCGCCGCCCCCGGCGGAGUCGCCGCGGCCGCGCAUCCGGUGCCGAAGCGGCGGUCGAAGGGGCAGGCCGCCGCCGUCUUCGUUCUUGUCGGUUUCUCCAUGCUCGUGCCCCUCCUCUUCGUCUUCGGCUUCCUCACUCGCUACUCCUCUGGGUAUUUUACUGACGAUCGUUCCCUGCAGGAAAUUAGUUUUGAGAUAUACCAUGGUGUCGAGGAUGGUGUAGAGAAAAGCAACUCUCAGGAAACUGGAAGUGUAUCUCCUGAUAAAGAACUGUACAAAAGAAUUGAGAAACCUGUUAAUUUGCCAGCUAUUUCACAAAAGGAGCAUAUUUAUCAGACCCCCGCAAAAAACUCAACUCCGGAAGGUUGUGCAGAUUCAGUUACAGGAAAUAAUGCUACUGCGAAAGAAUCUUCACUUCUGAGUAAUAGAGCUAGUGAGGGAGUUGAAAAGAAUAAUAAUCCAGUAGGUUCAUACGAGACUGACAGAUCCUGUGAGCUUGAGUUCGGAAGCUAUUGUCUCUGGUCCAGGGAACAUAGAGAAGUAAUCAAAGAUUCACUUGUGAAGAAACUCAAGGAUCAGCUGUUUGAGGCAAGAGCUUAUUAUCCAAGCAUUGCAAAACUAAAGGGACAGGAAGGCCUUUCACAGGAACUGAAGAUGAACAUUCAAGAUCAUGAACGGAUGCUUAGUGAAGCAGUCUCUGAUGAUGAUCUUCAAUCAUCUGUUGACGUGAAGAUACAAAAGAUGGAUGCAGCUAUUGACAAAGCGACGGCACAUACUGUAGAUUGCUAUAAUGUUGAUAAAAAACUAAGACAAAUACUCGAUCUGACAGAAGAUGAAGCUUAUUUUCAUACAAAGCAAAGUGCAUUCCUGUAUCAGCUUGGUGUCCUGACCAUGUCCAAGACGUUUCAUUGCCUUUCAAUGAGAUUGACAGUGGAGUAUUUCAAAUCACCCUCGGCAGAUAUAGAAAACUCAAUUUCCAACAAAAUUGACGAUCCACGUAUUCAGCAUUAUGUGAUAUUUUCAAGAAAUAUAUUGGCCCUAUCAGUAACUAUCAACUCAACGGUAGUGAACUCAGAGGAUCCUGAUAACAUGGUUUUCCAUGUGCUAACUAGUAAACAAAAUUUUUACUCCAUGAAGCAGUGGUUUGCCAGAAACUCGUAUGGAACGGCGAACAUCCACGUUGUGAAUAUUAAUGAGCUUAAGCUUAAACACUUUAUUAACCUAGAUUUGGAAGAGCUGUUGAUGUCUGAGGAGUUCCGUGUUUCCACUCAUGUAGUUGCUCAACCCUCCCCUUUGCAAACAAAAGUUAAAUAUAUCUCAGUGUUUGGUCAUUGCCAUUUUCUUCUUUCUGAUUUAUUCACAAAUCUGAAGAAGAUAAUUGUUCUUGACGAUGAUGUGGUUGUCCAGAGAGACAUAUCAUUCUUGUGGAAUCUUGAUUUAGGAGGAAAAGUAAAUGGUGCUGUAGAAUUUUGUGGGAUCAAACUCAGUGAGCUAAAAUCUUAUUUAGGCACUGAUAGAUAUGAUGGUAACUCUUGUGCCUGGAUGUCUGGAAUAAAUGUACUUAAUUUGGAAAAAUGGAGAGAACAUGAUAUCACUGGAAGGUACCAACGGUUUCUCCAUCAGUUGCAUCAUGAAAAUGAAGUGUCAUGGAGAGCUGCAGCAAUACAAGCGAGCUUGCUUGUUUUCCAUGAUCAGAUAUAUCCACUCGAUGAUACUUUGGUUCAGCAAGGACUCGGUCAUGAUUUUGGAAUCUGCAGCAGCAAUAUAAAGAAUGCAGCAGUGCUGCACUAUGAUGGCAACAUGAAGCCUUGGCUUGAUCUGGGCAUUUCCAAGUAUAAGAAAUACUGGAAGAAAUACCUCACUCGAGAAGAGAGGUUUAUGGAAGAAUGCAAUGUUAAUAUAUAAAUCCACAUGUGGGUGCAGGAUUACAAUUGAAGCAAAGCCCGUCGAAAUUUGCUUGUGCCAAAUUUCAAGAAAAUUCGAAUACUAGAUUUCACACCAACGGACUUGGACUAGGAAGCUUCUGAUUAGUUGGUUCAUGAAAAUGAGCAUAUAUUUGAUUUAGGUUUAUGAUUCUUGCCCUUGCAAAUAGAGAGAGGGAUGGAGACCGAUUCUAUGCUACAUGAUUCAUUAUAGUUUGAGGCUUACUGCAUUAGAGGCUCAAGAUGGAUAAGUGUCCAGUGUAAAUCGAUUUUUUCCUCUUGUAAUCUUCUAAUUUGGAUCCUCGUUGUUUUACUUUCUUUUUGAGAGUAUGCUGUAAUAUCGUAUUAAAGUGUCAAGUACUUCAUGAUCUGUUUAGCAAGUUCGCUUGGUAUUUUAUUU